AUGCCGGAUGCGAUCGCUGUGCUGCGAGCUAGCGAUGCCGGAUGGGAUCGCUACGCAUCCUCUGAUUCCCCAUCCUCUCAGCUAGGUUCUCCGGAUGUAGCCGCCGUGCACAGGGAGCACCACCGUCCACCGGAGCUUGUCGCCCGCUGUCUCGCGGAGCAACCGCCGGAGACGCCCGCGCGGCCGCGCCCCGCGGGAUCUCGCCUAGCCCUCGCCGCCUCGCCCCUGCCAGGCUCCCUCACGCCGUCGCCCGGUCGCGCCGCCCACUCGCCCAGGCGCCCACGACCCACUAUCUCGUGGUUCGCGAAGCUACCGCCUCGCCCCUGGCCGCGGCGACGCCCGCCGGAAUCUUGCGGCUGUUCUCCUCCAACUCCAAUCCCCGGCUGUUCUGCUCCAACCCCCUGCUGCAUCACUGCAUCAGUGCAUCCCACUUCACAGUUCACACACCGCACCAACCAGCAGGGCAACAGGGGAAGAGGCAGCAGGCGGGCAGAGGUAGUCAUGGGCAAGGAAAAUCGGACUCAGAAAAGAAUUGAUUUGGUGUUUAAAAGGAAAAGAGAUGAUACAAUUGAAGUUGAGGAAGACCAAGUAUUGCCCUUGCUUGAAUUGGAACAGCAACAACCUGAACAACAACAUAACCAAGAUGGAGGAGUUCGAACAAAUGAAGUUGUUGCAUUUCGGGGUAUUGAGUUCUUGCAGCGGGAUCCUGGAUUGCGCCCUCAAAUUUGGCAAUAUCCACCAGACCAGAGAGAUAUCGUCAGGAGAGCAUAUUUGAUGUUAGGUCCUAUGCAACCCCGUCUAGAGAACUUUAUAGCCUUAUGAAGAUGUUUGGUCCAGUUUGUUCAGUUAUCCAAGAUAUAGCCGCCGAUGGAUCAAUUGGCUCAAUUCGUGCAGAUGCAGACACUUCUUUUGGCUACUUGUCCUCAUUUGAGUUCAUUUUUAUCUUAUGUUUGAUGAAGGAAAUCUUUGAAAUAACAGAAUUGCUUGGCCAAGCUUUACAAAAGAAAUCACAAGAUAUUGUGAAUGCUGUCCGCCUAGUUUCCUCAACAAAACAAUGUCUUCAGGAGUUGAGAUCAGAUGAUGGCUACCAAGUAUUUAUUACUACGGUUGUUGAAUUUUGUGUAAACCAUUCCAUUGACAUUCCAGACUUUGAGGAAACAUACAUCAUGCGUGGUGGUCGUGCUCGUCGUCAACCUGAUCAGUUCACCAAGGAGCAUUACUUUCGAGUGGAAAUUUUCUUCUCAACACUGGACACUCAACUAUUUGAAUUAAGCCGAAGAUUCAAUGAUAAGGUAAUGGAUCUUCUAACCAUUAGCGCCACCUUGAUUCCUACAAACAAAUUCAGAGGAUUCAAAGCUAGUGAUAUAUGUGAGAUGGUGAAAAAGUACUACCCAGCUGAUUUUCCCCAAGAUAUUUAUGGAUUACAACAGCAACUUAAGCACUUUGUUUCAGAUGCUUCCAAGGAUGAUGAUUUGAAAAACAUAUCUACCUUAAUUGAUCUAUGUCGAUGCCUUGUGGAGACAGGAAGACAUACCGUCUACAAUUUGAUUGACAGAUUACUUCGGUUGCUCGUUACCCUUCCAGUUUCUACAGCCAGUGCUGAACGCGCAUUUUCUAGUAUGAAGAUCAUUAAGACAAGAUUGCGCAAUAAGAUGGAAGAUGAGAAUCUGGCUAAUAACUUGUUAGUACACAUAGAGGGUGGAAUUCUGGAGAACUACAGUCAUGAAGAUGCCAUUGCAGAUUUUAUAAGCACGAAGGAUCGGAGAGUUGAUUUCUAGUAUGUGAGUAAGUCCAUGUCUAAUGUUUCGACACUUUUGUAUUAGCUAAAUCAAUAGUGACUCAUGGUUGAACUGUACUUUGAUACAUAUAUAUUAUAUAUAUACAUAUAUGCUAGCUCAAUCUUGUGUCCUGGGUGCUUGUA